GGUGUGGGCACGUGGGUCACAGCGCGUGCUCUGGGGAAGCGCUCGCUCCAGUGAGCGUCCUCCUGCAGCGACUGGGUGUAAAGCGCCCUCCCGGCGGGAGUGCCAACGGAGUCACGUGAUUCUAAGAAGUGCAGUUUCGGAGCGAGAGGAGCGAGAGCCGCCACAAGUGCAGACUGUCAUGCGGCCGGACCUGUGAGCGGCGCCCGGGCGGCUCGCCAUGUGUCGACAGCACCGCGUUCCGGUCGCCCUGCUGCUCUGCGCCGCGUGCUGGACGGCGCCGGCCGCCGCACUGAACCUCGGCCAGUGUGACCAGUCGCUGGGCAUGGAGUCGGGUGAGAUCGCCGACAGCCAGAUCACGGCCAGCUCGUCGCACAACGAGAACAGCGUGGGCCCGCACAGCGGCCGCAUUCGGACCGAGCACCGCGGCGGCGCCUGGUGCCCGCUGCCCGUCAUCACGGCAGAGGUGCGCGAGUACCUGCAGGUUGACCUGGGCCGCGUCACGGUCGUCACGGCCGCCGAGACGCAGGGCCGCUUCGGCAACGGUCGCGGCGUGGAGUGGGCCGAGCGGUACUCGCUGCAGUACUGGCGGCCCGGCACCGGUUGGAGGACGUACCGCAACGCCUCGGGCCACACGCUGCUGGACGGCAACGUCAACUCGUACCUGGCGCACAAGACGCCGCUCGAUCCACCGAUGAUGGCGUCCAAGGUGCGGCUGGUGCCGCGCAGCGAGCACCCGCGCACCGUCUGCCUCAGGGCCGAGCUGCACGGCUGCCCGUACACAGACGGUAUUGACAGCUACAGCAUGGAUUUACCCGACCCCAAAUGGCCUGAUUUGACCUACGACGGCGUCAGGUCAGCCGAGAUCAUGGAAAAAGGGCUGGGACAGCUUGCGGAUGGACGCGCCGGAACCAACGACAUCACAAGGCCGGAGUGGGUCGGAUGGCAGCGGCGCCCCGGUCAGCUGGUCAACAUCACGUUCCGGUUCAGCUCGCUGCGGGAGCUAGAGACCGCCUCCUUCCACGUCAGCAACCGGUUCACCGCCGGCGUCAAGCUGUUCUCGCUGGCCGCGCUGUUCUUCUCGCUGGACGGGCAGCAGUAUACGGAGAGCGCUGUGACGCUGGCCCCGGAACCCGACCGGAUAUUCGAGGAUUCGCGCCUUCUCGAGGUCAGCCUGCACCGCCAGGUGGCGCGCUUCGUCCGCAUUCAGCUGACGGCCGCCGACAGCUGGCUUCUGAUCUCCGAGAUCGGCUUCAGCAGCGCGGUGGGUGCUAGCCUGCUGGCAGCAGUGGGUGCUGGCUGCUGGCAGCAGUGGGUGCUGGCCUGCUGGCAGCGGUGGGUGCUGGCACUGGUAGUGGUGGGUGCUAGCCUGCUGGCAGCGGUGGGUGCUGGCCUGCUGGCAGCGGAGCUGCGGCUCAACAUGCAGCUGGCGGCGGGACCGGGCUACGCACGCGCGCACGGAGACACGUACGGCCCGCUGCCGGCCGAUGAGGACAAGGUGGGCCUGUGCGGCGAGCCGUACCGCGUGGUGCGGCUCAACGCCGACUACGACACGGCUGGGCAGCGCGGCCUCCGCGGCAGGACGCCAGGUUAG